AUGGAUGUCCUGUGUCAACUCAAGCUCGCGCUCGUCACAGCCCUCGCUCAUCUGGGCCUGCUCAAACCUUAUAAUCGAGAGGAACAAGAAGAAGAAGAAGAAGAAGGAGAGGAAGGAGAAGUUAUCCCCGACCCCAUUAUCAUCAUGGACGGCUUGUCGCCGUCGUUUGUCCAAGUCCCGGUCCAGACCCUGACGGCCAUGAUCAAGAGCCAAGUCCCCGUCGUCGAGUACGCGAGGUUCCUGGAGAGGCGUGGCUGCAGAGGAGAGGGCGACGGCGGCGGCGGAGGAGGGUGCGCGGUGUGCCUGAGCAGCAUCGAGGGGAGGGACGAGGUCAGGGAGCUGAGCAGCUGCUCGCACGCGUUCCACAGGGAGUGCUUGGAUCGCUGGGUGGACCAUAAUCAGGUGACUUGUCCCGUCUGUCGGUCUCUGCUCUUGCCCUCUAAUUGGGAUAGAACAGUAACUUCUUGUUUUCCCAGGGAAGAUGAUGGUGGAAUUUGA